AUUGAAUUUCCCAAUUUCCCAACUCCACUCCCUGAAGUCGUGAGGACCUCACACAUCUCACUCACUGUCUUCCACAUACCAUCGGUCUCUACAAAACCCUCGCUCACUUCUCUUAAGCUCCUGGUCAUCAAAAUCACUCCAUCCCAACACAACAUCAAUCCCACCCCCUGCAAACCAUCGCAAGUCACCCGAGUGAAAGAUGGGCCGCAUCCUCAUCACCGGAUCCACCGACGGCUUCGGCCUCGGCGCCGCCCGUCAACUCGUCGAGCGCAACCACACCGUCUAUCUGCACGCGCGCAACGCAGCCCGCGCCGAAGAGGCCAAGAAGCUCGUCCCCGGCGCCGCGGGCGUUUUCGUCGCCGACCUCACCAGCACGUCCGAGACUCGCUCCCUCGCCGAGCAGGCCAACGCAGUCGGGCAGUUCGACGCCGUCGUCCUCAACGCCGGCUUGCUGUACGGGCCCUUCCGCGAGACCGAGUCGGGCGUGCCCGCCCAGAUCUUUGUCAACUUGGUGUCGCCCUACAUCUUCACCUGCCUGUUGACCCCGCCGAAACGGAUCGUAUUCGUGGCGUCGGUGCUGCAUCGCGAGGCCAAGCCGGAGGUCAAGGACAUCUUCUGGCUCGGGAGGGGCGAGAAGGAGUGGAACGACUUCGAAGCGUACUGCAACUCCAAGUUCCACGUCAUGUGCCUCGUGAAUGCGGCCGCGAAGAGGAUGCAGGGCAAGGGCACGUCGGUGGUGGCGAUGCACCCGGGCUACGUGCCCACCAAGCUCACAAAGUUCGAGGCGCCUGACAAGAUGGAAGACGGGCUGGAGACGUAUGUCAUGCUGGCCGAGGGCGAAUACGAUGUGAGUGGAGAGACGGGUCGGUACUUUGAUCCGAAGAAGCAAAAGGGCGAGCCGUUGCCUGCUACCGAAGACGUAGGCUUGCAGGAAGCGGUGGUGAAGGCUUUGGAGGACUUUACAGGACUGAAGCUGCCGGGUUCUGCGUGAGGGCGCCGAUGGUCGAUAGAUCACUGUCUUUUGCGAGUGGAAAUAAGACGUCUGUUCUCAAUCCAGUGUUUGUUUGUUAUGAUCAUCUCAAGGCUAGGAUGAGAAUCUUUCCGCGAAUAUGACGGUUGUAUUUCAAUUUCCUACCCGUGGUUCAUAUGACGAGUAUCUAGGUCAGCAUAUGCCAACCCCCCCCCCCCCAAGAGUUGGGUGUUGGUUUCUAUAAUGUCCCAUAUCAUGUUCAGAUAGUCAGUCACCUUCCUUAUUACUCUAAAGUCAGUAGUCUUCGAGUAGACUCAUAUCUGCGAGAUUAUCCUCGUACUUUUUCCGAGGGAAAGCGCGU